ACCUACAGACAAAUCUACUUCCUUAAUUUUCUUCCCACAUUGCAACAUAAUCCUCCCGUGAUCACAACCGACCCACCUUUGCUUUCGAUAUGUAGCGUGACUCAUAAAGAGCUAGUCGAUGUCAAUUGUCCUGUCACCUUAUGCCUUUCUCUAAGGCGCAGUUGCUGGUGCGACACUCCUUCCAUGUUGCUAUGGCCCUUCCCACUACUUGUGAUGCACGGAAACAAGCCAGAUGCAUGCAGGCAAAGUAAGGUAGGUUGUCGCCUUUUCAGUUUGUAGGAUAGCCAAUCGCUCAUGCCGAGCGGUAUGGUACGGUGCCAGCUUCUUUAGUUUGUAAGAUAGUUAAUCGCUCAUGCCGAGCGGUGGGGUAGGCUGCCGACCGGAGCUGGUGAAAUCUAAGCCUAAACUUGUUGAAAAUGCGUCGAUGAAGAAAGAGGGUCAAUCGUGGUCGAAAGCUUACACAACUGUUUUUUGUUCAAUGAAGUUUUCUUGCAUAUGUUCUUGGGCAUGCGUCUUUUCUCUUUCUUUCUCGUGAUUUUCAUGAUUUCGUGUUGUAAUUUGACAUUUGUUUAAUGGUAUGCGAAAUUUCUCUAAAAAGAACUGUUUUUGUUUUGUUUUGUUUUGUUUUGGAAUCGCAUGCUCUUCUAGUUGCACAUGAGUUGGAAGUUGUUGGUUCUUGUUGGGCUGGCAACUCCAAUGCUAGUGGGAUCGGUUGGAAGUUAAUUAAAUUAUGUCGAAGCGACAGUUACUGCUCUGUUUUGUAAUGUCUUCUUCGUCAGUAUGACCAGUACUGGAGUAGACUUGUAGGAGAAGGGAGAGUACCCACACACCCCAUGAACAGAAAAUACGAAAAAAAAUAGGAAAAACAUCCAAAAUUCUGGAAUUUUGUGGCAUGAAACAUGAUAGCAAAAUUUCAUCGACAAAUAACAUCCACUCACACAAAAUAAAACAAUCAGUCCUCAAAGUUUUGUGCAAUGGUUUUAUUUUGUUGUUGAGAGCUUCUCAAAUGUUAUUUGUGGACGAAAUUUUACAAAAACCUAAAACAUUUUAUCAUGUUUUUAUGCCACAAAGUCUCAGAAUUUUUGCAUGUUUCUUUUAAUUUACUGUUUAUCCGGGUGUAGUACACCCCGGAGUUGCCACACCUUUCCAGGUGUACCCACACACCCCAUUAACAGUAUAUUCGAAAAAAAAAUCCAAAAAUUCUGAAAGGGUGGCACAUCUCACUGUGGCCCUGGAAAGGAAUGCACGUGUCGGACGGGAACGAGACUAACCAAUGAAAGGAAAUUAAUUAAGGCAAUCAGCUGAUCAUACAUUCAUAUCUGUGAGCUCGAAGCGCGCGCGGCGCCUGUCGAUCGAUCCAUCGCCACACCGCACUGCUAGAGUUCGGCGCCUUAUCACGACCAGAAUCACUGCAUUUCAAGAAAUGCGGGCGCCGUUCUGCCUCGUCGUCGUCGUCGGUGUGCUCCUGCUGCUCCGGUGGCCAGCGUCGAGCCUCGCUUCGGUGCAGGUGGCCCGGACCAUCACCGUGGACCAGCUCGGAGGAGGGGACUACACGACGGUGCAGUCGGCGGUGGACGCCGUGCCGGACGGCAACAGCCAGUGGGUCAAGAUCUAUGUCAAGCAUGGGAGCUACAGAGAGAAGGUGAUAAUCCCAAGUGAAAAGGGCUUCAUCUUGCUCGAAGGUGACGGCUCCUCGUCAACGGACAUCAACUUCGACUCGCACGUUGACGGCGUCGACGCGCCCGGCAUCACCCCUAUCACGGGCCGCCUGCGCGGCAACCUCGCGGAAAUCUCGCCGACGUACAACAGCUCCACCUUCAUAGUCCAUUCCGACAACUUCGUCGCCCGCAACAUCGCCUUCAAGAACACGUACACCGGCAACAAGCCCGCGGUUGCGUUCCUCAUGGACGGCGACAAGGGCGCGUUCUACGACUGCGCCUUCCACGGGUACCAGGACACGCUCUCCGACCUCGCCGGCCGGCACUACUUCCGCCACUGCCUCGUCGAGGGCGCCGUGGACUUCAUCUUCGGCUACGGGAAGUCCAUCUACGAGGACUGCACUCUCCAGUCGAACAUGGCGGCGUCGUCCCAGCAGCCCGGGUGGGUGACGGCGCACGGCAGGGCCGCCGACAAGAGCGCCGCGUUCGUGUUCAAGGGCGGUUCGAUCACGGGCUCCGGGCAGCAGUACCUCGGCCGCGCGUGGAACGAGCAGGCCACCGUGGUGUUCUACCAGGUGAACAUGGCCGGCAUCGUCGUCCCGCAGGGGUGGGACAAGUGGACCCCCAGCCAAGAUGUGUCACAAGUGACGUUUGCGGAGGUCGGAUGCAGUGGCCCGGGUUCCGGCACCAGCGGAAGAGUGCCAUGGGAGAAGCACAUGAACAAUGCAGAUGUGCAGAGAUUCGUGGACAUCGGGUUCAUCGACGACGGUUGGCUAUCCAAUCAACCUUAGUUGUGGCUCGCCCACAAAAAAAAAAACCCUAGUUGUGGAUGGAUAGCUAGUGGCGAAAUACACCCGGAUGUAUAUUCAAGGUUCAUGGUCUGAUGUAAUGGGGGAAGAAGGGCUUAGGAUUGACCAACAAGACAAAGAAAUUAGGAAUUUCGUAGGAAUUUUAGAGAAUUUCAAUCCUUAUUAACAAGUUUAUAUGUAUGGGCCUCUCUGAUUUACAAGAAGUAUUUUGGAGAAUUUACUCUUAACCAAUUAUUUCCCUAUAUAUACUGCUUGAUUGAUUCAGGGUAUCAAUAAUCAUUGGAAAUUAUGGA